GAUCCCAUCUCCCUUUAUCACCCCAGCCCUCCCCUCUGGUCUUCUUCUCACCCACGAAACAGAGAGAGACUCCGCCGUCGCAGCGCCAGCCAAACCCUCGUCGUCGUCUCCGAUCCCGCCGUCGCAGCCAUGCCGUUCACCCCGGGACCCUACUCCGGCAAGAGCACCCUCGCCCUCGUGGCCAGGGUCUCCGCCGUCGGCGUCGGCCUCGUCUACGCCUCCGUCAAGCUCGGCAUCCUCAAGAUGACCAAGCCCAAGGAGGAAGCAGCUGCUGCUCAUCACUGAGGACAAGUAGCUCCAGCGAGUUGACGCCGUAGAUUCGCAAUGUACCUUCUAUACCUGCAUUCGGUUCUGUGAUUUGUGUCUGAAACCCAAAAAAACCCAGACCCAUGUGGGAGCUGAACCUUUAGCUUUUUUGCUUGUGGAAAAUAAUAUCCUCGGCUGAAUCGACUUGAAAUCAGGAAGAGUGAAACUUAAAAUUC